AUGGGCUUCCAGCAGAGCGCGCACGAGGCGGCGAUGUACCGGCGGGGCAGCGCGCGCUCUGUCCUGCUGGUCGGGGUCUACGUUGACGACCUCAUCAUCGCCGGCGCAGAUGCAGGGGAGGUGGAGAAGUUCAAGGCGGCCAUGAAGCAAAGGUUCGACAUGAGCGACCUCAGGUUGCUGAGCUUCUACCUCGGCAUCGAAGUGCACCAGGACGCCGGCGGCAUCACGCUUCGCCAAGCUCACUAUGCCAAGCGCAUCUUGGAGCUCGGCGGCAUGGAGGGCUGCAACCCCGUCCACACGCCGAUGGAGGAGAAGCUCAAGCUCAGCCGCGACAGUGAAGCAGAGGAGAUUGAUCCUACUCACUAUUGCUGGCUGGUGGGCAGUCUCCGCUACCUCGUCCACACCUGGCGGGACCUGGCGUUCGCGGUCGGGUACGUGAGCUGA